AUGCCCACACUGUUGAGGAAGAGGCAACUCGGGCCGGGCUUUGAUAUCUGUCACACCUGGCAGGUCAAUCAAUAUCACUUUCCUCUGAUCUAUCACGUCACACUGGAUAUCCUGCCUGUGCAAGCUUCUGCUGUCCUGUGCGAGCGCGUCUUCUCAUCAAGCAAGGAGAUGGAUACUCUCUGA